UCAUAUACAAUUUAGUAGGUCAAGAUAUAUUUUGUUACCACUUUUCAAAAAUGGGUUCUUCCUCCUCUAAAAAGGUGUUUUACCUGUAUCUGGAACAUGCAAUCAUGACAAACCUUCAGUCUACCAGGCCAAAGCUAUCAAACCAUGCUUCUCUAUCUCAUUUGGCAGUGCCACAAGGUCCCCAUUUCUGCAUCAAACCAAAACACUUUCUGCAGUCCAUAGACCCAGAAUAUGAUUUUGUCUGGAAAGGAAAAAAUAGUCCACUGCACUAAUGAAAGAAAAUCACCAACUUGGCCAGUGGGGGCUUCAUCAUCAUCUCAGUGCCAUUCACUCACUGGGGCAGAGACUGAUGGUGGCCAUAUAAUAUCCCCUUGACACUUCUUCCUCAUUUAUAGCAUUUCAAUUUUGGAGGGAUGACAAUGCACCAGCUAAAAAACUACAGAUCCCAACUUCCCUUGCGGCUAAGCGUGGCUAAAUGACUAAGCUUCAUGUGACUCCAAGGAAGACUACUUUAAGAGAAAAAGCUCAAAUUAGAGAUAAAACCUUUAUGCUUUUUCUCCGUUUCUUCUUCCUGAUGUUUGGUCUGGAAAUGUUAAUGGCUGGAGCUGCAGCAACCAUUUUGGACUACGAGGUGAUAUGAAGGAUGGAAAACAUGUACAUGCGAGCCGAAAGACCGAAGGCACCUAGGUCUUUGAUGAUUAGCUCCAGACUGACUACCUCCAUAUUUUCUUACAUGAGAAAAUAAUCUGUAAGCCACCAGUCAUUUUACUCAUAGCACAACCUAAUCCUGAUUGAUAUACUCAUUAUGCCUACCUUACCACUUAUUUCACUAUAUGUUUAAGAUUCCUUCACUUGUUACUCUUCCUCUUCCCAUAUCCUGUUGUGUUUCUAAAAUAUCACCAUCCAAUAGAAUUUUCAGCAAUAAUGGAAAUAAUUCCUAUUCCUACUGUCCAGUAGGGUUGUCACUAGCCACUUGUGGUUAUUGAGUAGCUGAAAUGUGCUGAAUGUGACUGAAGAACUGGAUUUUUCAUCUCACUUAAUUUAAAUGUAAAUAUCCACAUGUGGCUAGUGCGACACUGUUUUCUAGAACCUUUGUAAUCCUACCUCUCCACCCUGUCCUCUCAAUUUUAGCAAUCUCAUUUACCUGCAUGGCUUUACCUAUCAUCCUUAAGUGUAUUUCAAGGCUUGACUUCUUAUCAAAUUUCCAGGCCUGUGGUUUCACUUUGCUGUCCAGAUAGUAGGCACCUCAACUCACUCUUCCUUUCCCUUCAAAACCUGUUUGUACUGACUCCUUUAAUUUCCUAGUUGCCUAGAUUCAAAGUUACCCAGUCAUCUUUGACAUCUUCCUUAUAUAUACAUGAUGCCUUAUCCUAUCGACUGCAAAUUCCACAUAUUCUAUAACCCCAACAACUUUCACAUCCAUCUUCUCCCUUGUAAUCUCAACCCUUUGUUCACCCUCUUAUCGCUUACGUGUAUUAGAUUAUUAUUGUGUUUUAAUUUUUCUCUCCUUGUACUCUUUUGAUUUUAAUCAUUUCACAUACUAGAUUAAUCUUCCUUAAAUAAAGUCUGGUGUCACUCACGCAAAGUUUUGAUAGUCAAUCCUGCUGAAUUACCUAUUCAAGAAUACCUGAGAAAUCAUUUUCUGCUUUCUGAUGAAUAAGGUUAUGUAACAUUUCUGCUAUAUGUUCAAUUAUAGUCACAAUAUAACAUUAGUCUUUUGGCCAAGACAUGUGUUUCCUUUGAAUUUCUUUGGUCUUUACUAUUUCAAACCUUAUUAGAAAUAUGCUUUGUUUCAUUUUACUGCUAAUUUUUUUUGAAAACAUUAAAAAUGAACUCGGUAUACACUGCUCUGUCUGAAAUUCAAUGUCAACCAAAAUAUGGUUUCGCCUACUUGAUAUUCCACUGCUUUAUAUACACCCUACCCUACACACAGUCUAACUGUAUUAUUCAUUGUUCCCAAAUAGAGGCUGUCCUUCUCUGCCUCUAUGCAUGUUGAUCACUACAGUUGCAAGAAAAUCCCCAAUCCCUUAGUAUGUAUUUCGACAUAUUUCAUAAAUCCCACUCAUCCUUCCUGAUCUUAAAAAAAAAAGCCCAAUCUUUUACUGAUUUUGCUGUCAUUUCUUUCCUAUUUUAAUUAAAACUUUUUAAGUGUGAAAGAAUAUAUACAUAGAUCUUAAAUACACAUACUCCAAUGUGAUGAAGUUACUGAUAGUUUAUCUUCUCCCUAUUUUCCAAAUUUUCUACAACCCCUGUACUAUAUAAUUAGAAAGAAAAAGUGCUGGAGCAAAUGUUAGCAGGGAACAUCAGUAGAUUUUUAUGGGAAAUGAACUUUAAGUCUUAGCUAAUGGACUUGAAGGAUUCUUGGUCCACUGAUAAGACCAUUCCCACUGUGAGGACAGACGGACAAAUGCAUCAGGAUAAACAUAACAUUCACCUAACUAAUGCUCUUUAUUGUCGAUUUUUGCUCCUUGAGCAAUUUCCUAGUUGUUAUUUGCCUAGAGAGAGAAAAUAUGAUGGAUACAAACAGGAACAUUCUGUCUCUAUGCUAUUUCUCACUGAAGUUUAUUCAUUUAGCAACAUAAUGGUUUUUUUUUAUUUUUUGAGACAGAGUUUUGCUCUUUUGCCCAGGCUGGAGUGCAGUGGCACUGUCUCCCCUCACUGCAACCUCUGCCUACCGGUUUCAAGUGAUUCUCCUGCCUCAGGCUCCCGAGUAGCUGGGAUUACAGGCAUCUGCAAUCGCAAAUUAGUGCAGCUAAUUUCUGUAUUUUUAGUAGAGAUGGGGUUUCACCAUGUUGACCAGGCUGGUCUACAAUAUAAUGUUUUAAAAAUUAUACUUCAUACAUUACAUUUGUUGGACUCUGCUUUACACUCAGUUGAUCUGUAUAUUUGAAUUCUCAUCUUCUAUUCAGCUGCUUCUUAAGGCAAGGCUAUAUUAUUAUACUGUCUCUCCCCUGCAGGGCCCAGCCCAAUGACUCAAACACAAAACAUGUUCAGUAAGUACCUGAUAAACAGGCAUUUCUGUAAGCCAUCAUAUAAAGAACCACAGUACUCUGAAGCUGGACACAUAUUAAUAAGCAUUCUUAUUGUACACACAGGAAAAAAACUGUUAAUACAAGAACAGAACAACUGUCUUAAGGUUAGCAGGCCUGUAGCAGAAGUAAAUCUAAGGCCCAAGCCAGUCAUCAAAAAUUUAAAAAUGGCAUAGUGUAAUAUUUUUAAAAAGACAAAAAUUACCAAAAUACAAUGGGUAGCAAAACAUAAAAAUGACAUACGUGAAAAUUGAUCAAAUGGUCAAAAAAGGAAGAGACACACAUAGUUAAGCCUUCAGAGGGAUUUCUGGUUUCAGCUUCCAGUUUCUACCAAGCAGAGAUUAAUACUCCCACCUUUAAAACAAUAAAAAGCUCAACUGAAAUCAGUGACUUUUCCUGAACCCAUUAGAGAACUGAGGUCACAGAGUGAACUAUCACCCCAAAAUCCAAAAAGAUAGACAAAUAUAGAGAAUCACAGCCAAAAUCUGCUUACAAGGAACAGAAGUCACUAGAGCCAUAAACUGGUAAGGACAUUUAAAUAGCAAUUUUGACAAACUGCUGGAAGCUGAGUAUGGACUAGCUUGGUAAGAAAUUCAGUCUUGGGAGAGGUCCCCACACUUUUGUGCAUUUUGUCUGCAGGAAGCCCACCAGGUUUUCACAAUGAAGAACCAAGAAAAAUCCUUUGUGGCUCUAGAAAAGACAGGAAGAGUAAGAAUUGUGAUGUAUACCCAGAGUGUUCUUCACAAUUAAGGCCUACUCUCCAGGGAAACAGAUUUUACCAGAGUCUUCUCUGAACUGGGGGAAGGACAUAUAUUUCCCUGACUCCAGCCCCUUGUAGCCUUCUUGUCUCACCUAUGGGGGUAAAAAGGCUAACAAACACUUGUGAAAGGCACAGGCCCAGAGAUAUAGGCCCACUAAAAUAACUGAGAUUUAAUCAAAAGAUUACAGAACCUUCUCCUUGAUACCUUACCAUCACACCAAUAGGGCUCCAGUAUAAUAACAAUGGAUUACAACUAAAUGAACACCAGGCAGGACAAAUGCAGACUCUAGGGAGGAGUUCUUAGGGAAGCCUAAAGACAAUUGGGGAGAUGACAAGAACACUGGAAGAAUUUGAAGCCUCUGACAUCUACGGCUAUAGCAAACAUGAAAACAACUCUAGUUAGAUUAAUUCCUAGCUAGAUUAGCAUAAAACCUUACAUGAAAGGCCUGUUUACCUCAGUUCCUAUUAUCCAGUACAUCAUGCCCAGCUUUUACAUGUUACUAUUUCAUUUAUUUUUAAAAAUUAUCAUUCUUAUUUCUACAUGAAGAAACUGAGUCAUAGAGAUUAAAUUACUUGCUGAGUGAUGCACAGGAAGCAGCAGAGCUGAAUUUAUACAAAGACAGUUGACUCCAAAACCUACUCUUAAUCAAUAAAUAAUGUCUCUCUACUAAUAAAAUUGAGUCAAUGGCCUAUUCAUAUGGAUUAAUUCUGAAUAUGGUUUCUGUUAGAUUCACAUUAAAAUUCACUAAUUUAAAUUCACUAAUGAUGCUAUCAUAUAUUCUGUGGGCUAAAGUUCUACUUUACCUAAAAAUAUUCACAUACCAAUAAUUAAACUGCAAAUACAUAUUCAGGUUAAAAAAAAGUUUUUAAAAAGAAUGUUCAAAAGACUUGAAUAAACAUUUCUCCAAAGAAGAUAUUCAAAUGACCAAUAAGCACAUUAAAAAAAUGCUCAGUAUCAUGAAUUAGGAAAAUGCAAAUCAAAACUACAGUGACAAACCACUUCAUCCCCAUUAGCAUGACUACUAUUGAAAAAUCAGAAAAUAAUAAGUGUUGGUAAAAACGGGAAAUUAGAACACUUGUGCACUGUUAGCAGGAAUGUAAAAUGAUACAGUCACUGUGGAAAACAGUAUGGUGGUUCCUCAAAAAAUUAAAAAUAGAAUUGCAAAAAGAUCCAGCAGUUUCACUUGUGGGUGUAUACCAAAAAUAAGUGAAACCCGGAUUUCAGACUAAAGUAUUUAAACAGCAAUGUUCAUCGCAACAUUAUUCACGAUAGCCACAAUAUUGAAACAACCCAAGUAUCCAUGAAUGAAUGAAUAAAUGGAUAUGCAAAAUGUGAUAUAUACAUACAACAGGAUAUCAUUCACCUUAAAAAGGAAGGAAGCUCUCUCCUCCUCAGCACUGCCUACACAGGUGGCAGCCAUCUCCUCUUCAGCAUCAUGGCCACCCUCGGACCCCUUGUGAAGCCCCAGAUCAUCAAAAAGAGAACCAAGAAGUUCAUCCGGCACCAGUCUAACCGAUAUGUCAAAAUUAAGUGUAACUGGCGGAAACCCAGAGGUAUUGACAACAGGGUUCAUAGAAGAUUCAAGGGCCAGAUCUUGAUGCCCAACAUUAGUUAUGGGAGCAACAAAAACAUAAAGCACAUGCUGCCCAGUGGCUUCCAGAAGUUCCUGGUCCACAACGUCAAGGAGCUUGAAGUGCUGCUGAUGUGCAACAAAUCUUACUGUGCUGAGAUUGCUCACAAUGUUUCCUCCAAGAACUGCAAAGCCAUCGUGAAAAGAGCCACCCAGCUGGCCAUCAGAGUCACCAACCCCAAUGCCAGGCUGCACAGCGAAGAAAAUGAGUAGACAGCUCAUGUGCAUGUUUUGUGUUUAAAUAAAACUGUAAAAACUGCCAAAAAAAAAAAAGAAGGAGAAGGAAAUCCUGCAAUAUGUUACAACCUAGAUGUAUUAGUUUGUUCUUAUGCUGCUAUGACGAAAUACCUGCAACUGGGUAAUUUAUAAAGAAGACGUUUAAUUGACUCACAGUUCUGCACGGCUGGGGAGGCCUCCCAAAACUUACAAUCAUGGCAGAAGGCAACUUUUCACAGGGCAGCAGGAGAGAGAAUGAGUGCAAGCAGGGGAAAUGCCAGAUGCUUAUAAAACCAACAGAUCUCCUGAGACUCACUCAUUAUCAUGAGAGCAGCAUCGGGGAAACCACCCCCAUGAUUCAAUUACCUCCAACUGGUCCCACCCUUGACACAUGGGGAUUAUAAGGAUUACAAUUCAAGGUGAGAUUUGGGUGGGGACACAGAGCCAAACCAUAUCACUGGAUGAACCCUGAGAUUCAUUAUGUUCAGUGAAAUAAACCAGUCACCAAAAGACAAAUACUGUAUGAUUCUACUGAUAUAAGAUAGAAUAGUCAAAAUCACAGCAACAAAGUAGAAUAGUCGCUGCUGGAAGCUGGGGAAGGAUUAUUAUUUAAUGAGUAUAGUUUCGGUUUUACAAGAUAAAAAAAGCUAUAGAUGGUGGUAAUGGCUGAACAACAUUAUGACUAUGUUUAAUAACACUGAAUUGUACACUUAAAAAUGGGUAAGAUGGUAAAUUUUGUUAUAUGUAUUUUACCUCAAUUAAAAAAUUGAAAAAAAAGGUGAUAUGUGCCCAUAAGGUAUAUGCAAUAAAAUUAUACUAUUAUUGUACUUCUUAAAAAAUUCAAAUUGAAAUAGGUUAAAUAUUUAUAAUGUAUAACACUGUAAAACAAUGUAUAACAGCAAAAGGCACUACAACUGUCCCUCAGUAUAUGCUGGGGAUUGGUUCCUACCUAUACCAGAAUCCACACAUACUCAUGUCUCACAGUCAGCCCUGCAGAAUCCAUGUAUAUAAAGAGUUGACCCUCCGUAUAUGGGUUUUGCAUUCUGUGAAUCCACAUUAGGUUUAAAAGAAUCCACAUAUAAGUGGACCCAUGCAGUUCAAACCCAUGUUGUUCAAGGGUCAGUUGUAUUU